AUGCUUUUCGUUGUGAUCCUCGUUGUUACCUUACUCUUGUAUUAUAUAAAACUCAAAUAUUACACUUUUCGUGGUCCUUUACCUGGUUUACCACCUCACUUUCUCUUUGGUAAUUUGAUUCAAUCAGGUAUACUGCUGGGUAAUGUAUCCCGUCCUGAUGCUUUGCUAGCAUUCAAAGCUCGUUAUGGUGAUAUUUUUCAAUUUUGGGCUGGUCCUACGCGUGUAAUCGUCGUAAGUAAUAUUAAUGAUGUACAACACAUAUUCACUCAUCGUCAUAUCUAUGAUCAAGGCGAUUUAACUAUUCAAACAUUCGGUGUUCUUUUUCCCGACGGACUUAUUUGUAACAAGGGUCCGUUUGCCUCUUUAUCUAAUUGA